UAUUGAUUUUGUUUUAUGUAAAUGGCACAUGCGGAAUGUAAAAUAAAACCCUGUUGAAGCUGAGAAUUUUCGUAAUAACAUGCUUGAAAUGAACAAAACUGCAAUCGGCAUUGCAGCGGGAGUGGCUGGCACUCUGUUCAUUGGAUACUGCAUCUACUUCGACAAGAAGCGCCGCAAUGAUCCCGAGUACAAGAAGAAAGUCCGCGAGCGUCGCCGUCGCAACAGGAAAAGCGGCACUGCCAAGCCAGGAAUUCCAAACCUGAACGACCAUGAAGCCAUUGAAAGAUAUUUCCUACAAGAAAUCCAGCUGGGCGAGACCCUGAUCGCCCGCGGAGACUUCGAGACUGGCGUGGAGCACUUGGCGAAUGCCAUCGUGGUGUGUGGCCAGCCGGCUCGUCUGCUGCAGGUGCUGCAGUCCUCCCUUCCAGCCCAAGUAUUCGCGAUGCUGAUCGUCAAAAUGCAGGAGUUCGGGAACCGGGCGGCCGAGGGCAACGAAGGGGGAAUCACUCUGGGACAAAGUUCGGGGCAACAGCUUGACGGCGCCAAAAUUAUCGAGUGUUCAUCUGGAAACGCAAGUAUCGAUGACCUUGAAUAAUAUUUGGAGAUGGCUACAGAAAUUGAAAUAUAAAUUUCAACAGUAGAAAUUAAGGGCUUCACAUAUAAACAUCAUAUUUUUUUUAUAUAUUGAUUUCUCUGGAUGUUCCCAAUACAUAAAAAUAAAUAUGCGUAAACUGUUAACACUUAACGAUUGUGCUCUGAUUUUUGUUUUGUGUGGUAGUGACGUUAAACGAAUAUUAAAGAUCAACUCUACGAAGCUAUA